AGCAGCAGCAGCAGCCCUGGCAGGAGCCAGAGCCCGGCAGCCGAGGCUGCAGCCAGCCGCCUGCCUUCCCCUACCUGCACCGUCACCCCACCACAGCACCGGCCCCGCCGCUCCCCACGGGGGGCAGAAAUAGGGGAGAGGGAGCGGAGGGAUCCCGCACAACCCAGGUGAUGACCUGAAAAAAUCAUGUCUGAGGUCCAGGGUACAGUCGAGUUUUCUGUGGAGCUACACAAAUUCCAUAAUGUGGACCUCUUCCAGAGAGGGUAUUACCAGAUAAGAGCUGGACUGAAGAUUCCAUCCAGGAUUCCCCACAGGCUGUUUGCUACAAUUGCAGAACAGACAGGUGAUUCCAGCCUUUGCUCUGCCUGUGUGCAUGAAAACAACGUUUACAGCAGAAUAUUUCAGAUUUUGUACAGGAACGAAGAGAUCAUUCUUAAUGAAUCAAUGAACUUCAGAGUACAUCUGCUUCUGGAUGGCGAAAGGGUGGAAGAUGCAUUGAGUGAGGCAGAUUUUCAGCUCAAGUUGGACCUGCAUUUUACUGAUAGUGAACAACAGCUGAGAGAUGUUCCAGCCAUCCCCAUGAUCAGCAGCCGUACGCUAUGUCUUCACUUCCACCCCCAGAGAGGCCUGCACCACCAUGUUCCUGUCAUGUUUGACUAUUUCCACCUGUCAGUGAUAUCCGUCACAGUGCAUGCGUCACUGGUAGCAUUACACCAGCCUCUGAUAAGUUUUGCUCGUCCAGGGAAAGGUUCAUGGCUUGGUAAAGGCAGCUUGGAUAUAGGACCAGAGCAAUCCAGUAUAUCAUUAGAAAAUCUUGUGUUCGGAGCUGGCUACUGCAAACCCACUUCAUCAGAGGGAAGUUUUUAUGUCCCAUCUGGAAAUUGCAUGCAACAUGCAUAUAAAUGGCAUAAGGACCUAUGUCUUCUGCUCUUGAAUGCUCAAAGAGGACUUCACGUAUACUACACCCUCAUAAUGAAGGAGGUUCCUGAUUUACCACAGCUGAAGUUGGAGGAACUACCUGUGGAAGAUACGUUAUCUCAGUUCUGUGCAGAGCUGCAGCUGUUGAGCAAUCCAGAGAAGAUAGCAGAACAUAUAAGCAAGGACCUCUCCUGGCUUUGCUCCCACCUUCUGACCCUGUGGACCCAGUUCCUGGAGGUGGCAACACUUCAUCCAGAAGUCACAGCUUAUCUGACUCAAGAACAUCAUAUGCUAAGGGUAAGGAGAUUCUCAGAAGCCUUCUUCUACACUGAACACAAUAAACUUGCUGUGCUGACAUUCCAGGAAGGCCUGAUCCAAAGUCAUGCACAGAUUUCUACAGAAAUUCGUAAUUCAGAGUACUUUACCAGCAUGCCCCCGCUGCCAGCAGAAUGCCUAGACAUCGAUGGGGACUGGAACACGCUUCCUGUUAUUUUUGAAGAUAGGUACAUGGAUUUGCCUUGCAAAGACCAGAAUUUGGAUACUUUCCCAGAUUUUGAGGCUCUUGCCAAUACUCAAAUUGAUACAAUACACGAGAAGGAAAAUCUUGCAUCAAAUGAUGACACUGUAGAAAUGAAAGGAGACUUUGGGAAAGGUACUUUGCUAAUACACACAGACAGGAUAAACGGGAAUCCUUGCUUGUAUAGUGAUUCCAAAGGUGCUGCUUUCGCAGCCAAGGAUAUAAACCAGCACUCCACAUCUCAGGUAUGUACAGCAAACAAAGAAGGCCAAAGGAUACCUGAAAACAUUUAUGUUUCAAGUAAGGAAACUACUUCUGUCUCAGAGCUAAGCAAUACAGAAUGCAUAUCAGAGGAGUCUAAAACAUGCAAGGAAGUUUUAUUAAAAGACGAUAGGCAUUCAGUGGCUAUUACCACUGAAGAGAAGAAAUCUAGCAAUAAGGGCGCCCAUAAAAGUGAGCCCGUGUUGAUUGUCAGUGCUCAGAUUGAGUGCAGAGCGUGUGGAACUGAUGGCUUGGAAGGCAGGACUGAAAUACAUAAAAUGGCUGAAUCUGGUCAUCCUGAGAAUAAUUUCAGUUCUGAGCUUGCAUUGAGUGAAUUCAUCAGGCUUGAAAGAACACCAGAUGCAGAUAGCAAGCCUCUGCAGCCUGUUUUGAAAGCUUUGCCCUCUCACAGCUUGGAGGUGAAGUUGUUCACGAAGGAGCAACGAACUGAGGAGUGUGAAGAAUUUACCCUGAUGUCAGGGGUCAUAAAGAGAUCCUCCUCUAUUAUAUCAGAUUCGGGCAUCGAAAGUGAACCAAGUUCAGUGGCGUGGUCCGAUGCUCGGAGCCGGGCUCUGGAACUGCCCAGUGAUCGAGAGAUCCUGCACCACUUGGUACGGAGACAUGCCAUACACCGGAAUUCUCUGGAGGGUGGGCACACAGAAAGCAAUACCAGCCUGCCCAGCGGGAUACAAGCGUCUCUCACAUCCAUUAGUUCUUUGCCCUUUGAGGAAGAAGAGAGAGAAGUGGAGCUUACCAAACUGACUAAAUCUGUCUCAGCUCCUCAGAUCAGUAGCCCAGAGGAGCCUUUGGAGGAGGUGGACAUAUCUAAACGCAUUGAAGCAACCUCACGAGACUCAGGAGGAUAUUUAAAAAGCUGCAGGGAAACAGAGAAUGGAGAUGGUCAACUAAUGAUGGAUUUUUCUGUGUGUCAGCUCACCACUGAAAGUGGGCAACCAGAACCAAGAGGACCUCCCAAACUCUCUGCCAAAAACAGUAAUGACAACCUAGAACUACAAAAGGAGGAGGCAAAGGAAGAUUUCUCAGAGACUUACUGUAGUUUGGAAUGUGCAAAACCACCUGCAUGUAAUCCUCUCAGAGAUAAUGACUCUGAAUGUCAAUCACUGGAGAACAAUGAUGAGUGCAGCUUAAAAACACCAAGGGCUAAUAAUUACUUGGACAAAAGUAUAGGCAAGUUUGAUAAGUACAUUACAGAUCCAAAGGAUACAUCUAAGCCGGACAGCUUAAAAAUAGAACAAGACUUGUACAUCAAUGUGAGAAAAACAGGAGAGGACAGUUUCUCACAAAGCAUAAAGCUGGUACCACAUAUUUGUAAUCCUGUUUCAGGUCCUUCAGAGACUUCAACAGAAUUUGGCUCAAUGCAAGGAGAAUGCAAUAGCCUUCUUGCUGAUGAGAGCCUGCUGGUGUAUGCAGAAAUGCAGGGCUUACAGGAAAUUGAGCUCAACGACUCACCUGCCUCAGCAGAUCCUGCUGCAGAAUCCUGCCAGGACAAAUAUCCUCAGGAACUUGACAACCAAGGGCAGAAACUUGUAACUAAUGGCACUGGGUUUCACUCGGUUACAAUGGAUGGGGUAGCACUGGAAAGCAGAAAGGCUGUUGAUGUAGUUAACCUCUCUGUCUCUUGCACGGCCACAUGUCUUCCCUUUUCUUCUGUGCUCAAAGAGACCCCUGCGAUGGUUGGCUUCUCUGCAAAGCAGGCUGCAUUUCCCAUCACACGUCAGCCUCUGGGCUCUUUUGGAGUUGUUUCUUCCCAUUCAAAUGAGGUGGAUGAAGAGGCCAAUGAAAGGAUGCUGAAUUUUUAUCAGGCCAAAGAAAAAUUUAAAAAAGAAAUGAAGAUUGAAGGAUUUCUGUACAGUGACUUAUCUGUACUAGCUUCUGAUAUCCCAUAUUUUCCACCAGAGGAAGAGGAAGAAAAUUUGGAAGAUGGAAUUCACCUGGUUGUCUGUGUCCAUGGAUUGGAUGGUAACAGUGCAGAUCUACGGCUGGUAAAGACUUUUAUAGAACUGGGACUCCCUAGUGGAAAACUGGACUUCCUAAUGUCUGAAAGAAAUCAGACUGAUACUUUUGCUGAUUUUGAUACAAUGACCGACCGAUUGUUGGAUGAAAUUAUUCAGCAUAUUCAGUUGUAUAACCUCUCCAUAUCCCGGAUAAGUUUUAUUGGGCAUUCCCUUGGUAAUGUCAUCAUCCGAUCUGUACUAACUCGCCCCAGGUUUCGCUAUUACCUCAACAAGUUGCAUACCUUCCUGUCCCUCUCUGGGCCUCACCUUGGAACCCUUUACAACAACAGUACUUUGGUUAGUACAGGUCUAUGGCUCAUGCAGAAAUUGAAAAAAUCAGGGUCACUUUUGCAGUUGACCUUCAGGGACAAUGCAGAUCUGCGCAAGUGUUUCCUUUACCAGCUCAGCCAAAAAACAGGUCUUCAGUACUUCAAAAAUGUUGUAUUAGUGGCCUCACCCCAAGACAGAUAUGUACCCUUUCAUUCAGCAAGAAUAGAAAUGUGCAAAAAUGCACUCAAAGACAGGCAUACAGGUCCCAUUUACGCAGAAAUGAUUAACAAUCUACUUCAGCCUUUAAUUGGGGCAAAGGACUGCACUUUGAUCAGGCACAACGUGUUCCAUGCUCUACCAAACACCGCCAACACAUUGAUAGGCCGAGCUGCCCACAUUGCUGUGCUGGACUCUGAACUUUUCUUGGAGAAAUUUUUCCUUGUGGCGGGACUCAACUACUUCAAAUAGUGCCUGAACUGUGGAAUAACUGAAGCAAACCAUUUCACUGAAUGGAGGAGAAUUCCUUAGCCAAAAGCUUUUAGUAUUAGAAAGGAGAUCAGUUGGGACUUUCAGACUCUCCAUUUCCAUUUCUGUUUCCAGAAAAUAAAGUGCUAUGGCUUUAAGGCAUUCAGGCUUCCAAAUAUUGGUGCUUUUGGAAGAAACAAAUAUUCCUUUUCAGUUUUUAUGUCGUUUGUCUACAUGAAGACAUGAGUGAAUUCCGAAUGAGAGAAUCAGAAUAUAGAUGGUUAAUUAUCUAAAUAAGGUGUGACCAACGUGUUUGCAAUUUCUCUCAAAUACUAACACAGGAACUUAGCUGUUCUUGAUUUAAUGCUUAUUUAUGUAUUAACAAACACAUCUGUAGCACUUUGGGAUGAUUAACACAAGAGGAAAGAAACGUAUAUGAACUCAGGUUAAAACCUCCUUUAUGAUGAACUGAAAAGUCAACAUUCAUGAAAAUUUCAAUGUUUCCAUUUGUCAAAAGAAAAUGAUUUCAAUAUUCGUAAUGAUUUGUAACAUGCACAUAUUCAUAUCAUGGAAAGGGGGAAAUAUUUAACAUAGAAUGAAAAAAAAUCUUGAUAUUUGUCUUUUUUAAGAAACCCUUAAAUUAGUUAAACUUUUGUUCAAAUUAGAAGCUGCCAGACUGGUAAGAGACUAUUGGAUUACUUGUGAAAUAACAGUGGCAUCUGUUAAGACUUCCUCUGUUUACAUUUAUAAGAUACCAUUAUUGUGCUCGUCAUUAUAACCUUAGAGUUAUUUUUUUUACUUUUACAUUUGUAUCCAAAUACAUUUACCCCAAGAUAAUUGUUUCUAUAUAUCAUUCCGACCCUGAAAUUCGAAAUUUGACCAGUAAUACCCCUGUAAAAAUAAUCCAAUGGAAAUGGAUCGGUGACCAAGAGCAGAAGGAUUAUGGAAAGCUCAAAAAUAUAAGGCUUCCUCUGCAAUGCUCUAAGAAGGUUUUACUAAUGGCCAUCUGCAGUGCCAUGUGCAGUCCUAAUUAUUGUAUGGUUACAGCUUGUUAAAACAUUUAGAGUUUAUUAAUACAAUGAUAUCAGAGUUCUUUUUAAGAGUAUCAGAAAUAACCCAUUUUUCACUUUUCUAUUUUGCAUUUUUUUAAUUAAAAGUUACCAGCAUUUUAAAUAACAAAUUUCAAUAAAUUUCUAUAAGUUUUCAUACCAUUUUAAUAAAUUUUCAAAGUCACAGCAGUUUUUUCAAAAAAAAAAAAAAACAAAAAACAAAAAACAACAGAAAAUGAAUAAUUCUUCACUAAUAUUUUUGUUUGGAAGGAUGACCAUUUUUUUUUACUGAAAGUGUAAUUUGUUUAGAAACAUAACUGACCAACCUUGUAUAGUGAAGGAAACGAACAUAAAAAGUGACAAAGUUGGU